AUGGCUUCGAGAAAGCUCUUCGCCCUUCCCGCCCUCAUCCGAGUCACAAUUGCGCGCUCUUCAAGACCAUUCUCGGUGCUGAAUAGACCACCGCCAAGAUAUGAAGGUCACGUCCCUCUCAACGCCUUUGAACGAGUCACGCUUGCAGCAGGUUCAGCAGUGAUGUCUCUAAUGAAUCCCCGACGCGGAGACUUGAUCGCGGCACUCGGAGAAACGACUGCGACACCCUUCUUUAUUUACCGUCUUCGAGACGCAAUGCUCUCCAACCCAACCGGCAGACGAAUCCUUCGUGACCGCCCGAGGAUAACAUCUAAAACCAUGUCAGUGACGAAGCUGCGUGCUUUGCCGGAGAACGGCGUAGGGCGCGCGUAUGUUAGCUGGCUGGAUCGAGAGGGUGUUAGCCCAGACACCAGGAACAGCGUCAAGUAUAUCGACGACGAAGAAUGCGCAUACGUCAUGCAAAGGUAUCGCGAGUGUCAUGACUUUUAUCAUGCUCUCACUGGCUUGCCUGUCUUCGUUGAAGGCGAAGUGGCGCUCAAGGCAUUCGAAUUUGCCAAUACCCUCUUGCCUAUGACAGGCCUCAGCGUCUUUGCUAUCACGAGAAUGAAGCCGGCCGAACGCAUAAGGUUUUGGAAUACCUACCUCCCUUGGGCAGUCAGCAACGGGUUGAGGAGCAAAGACAUAAUUAAUGUGUACUGGGAAGAAGAGCUGGAAAGAGAUGUAGACGACCUUAGAAAUGAGUUGGGAAUCAAGAGACCGCCAGACUUGAGAGACACAAGGAGGUCGCUCAGAGAGCACAAAGGGGUCGCAAGAGAGAAGAGAGAUAUGAUGGGUGGCUUGAGGGCAGAUUAG